GGCCUGAGAGGGGGUGAGCUGACACUGUCCCAGCUGCCACCUAGACUCAGAGCCCAGCGAAGACAUCCCAGCCAUGGCCAUGCAGAAAAUCUUUGCCCGGGAAAUCCUGGACUCCAGGGGCAACCCCACUGUGGAGGUGGACCUGCACACGGCCAAGGGCCGAUUCCGAGCAGCUGUGCCCAGUGGCGCUUCCACAGGUAUCUAUGAAGCUCUGGAACUAAGAGAUGGAGACAAGUCUCGCUACCUGGGGAAAGGCGUCCUGAAAGCUGUGGAACACAUCAACAAGACCCUCGGCCCCGCGCUGCUGGAAAAGAAACUAAGUGUAGUGGAUCAAGAAAAAGUUGACAAAUUUAUGAUUGAGCUGGAUGGGACAGAGAAUAAAUCCAAGUUUGGGGCCAAUGCCAUCCUGGGCGUGUCCCUGGCCGUGUGUAAGGCUGGAGCAGCUGAGAAGGGGGUGCCGCUUUACCGACACAUUGCAGAUCUCGCGGGGAACCCAGAGCUGAUCCUUCCAGUCCCUGCCUUCAACGUGAUCAACGGGGGCUCCCAUGCUGGAAACAAGCUGGCCAUGCAGGAGUUCAUGAUCCUGCCUGUGGGAGCCAGCUCCUUCAGGGAAGCCAUGCGCAUUGGGGCCGAGGUCUACCACCACCUCAAGGGGGUCAUCAAAGCCAAGUAUGGGAAGGAUGCCACCAAUGUGGGUGAUGAGGGUGGCUUUGCACCCAACAUCCUGGAGAACAAUGAAGCCCUAGAGCUGCUGAAGACGGCCAUCCAGGAGGCUGGUUACCCCGACAAGGUGGUGAUUGGCAUGGAUGUAGCAGCAUCUGAGUUCUAUCGCAACGGGAAGUACGAUCUCGACUUCAAGUCACCUGAUGACCCCACUCGGCACAUCAGUGGAGAGAAGCUGGGCGAACUGUACAAGAACUUCAUCAAGAACUACCCUGUGGUGUCCAUUGAGGAUCCUUUUGACCAGGAUGACUGGGCCACCUGGACCUCGUUCCUCUCGGGGGUCAACAUCCAGAUUGUGGGGGAUGACCUCACAGUCACCAACCCCAAAAGGAUUGCCCAGGCGGUGGAGAAGAAGGCUUGCAAUUGCCUGCUGUUGAAAGUCAACCAGAUUGGCUCGGUGACUGAAUCCAUCCAGGCCUGCAAACUGGCUCAGUCUAAUGGCUGGGGGGUGAUGGUGAGCCAUCGCUCUGGAGAGACCGAGGACACCUUCAUCGCCGACCUCGUGGUGGGGCUCUGCACAGGACAGAUCAAGACUGGUGCCCCAUGCCGCUCAGAGCGUCUGGCCAAAUACAAUCAGCUCAUGAGGAUUGAGGAGGCUCUUGGGGACAAGGCUGUCUUUGCUGGACGCAAGUUCCGUAACCCGAAGGCCAAGUGAGAGGCUGGAGGCCCCAGGAGUGCACAGGACAGACCUGGGCCUUCAAGCCCUUCCCCCUGAAAUAAAACACUGGUGCCAACCAA